UUCGUGAGCUUAUUAAAUCAAGAACAACAAUGGCAGACGAGGUAAUUCUUCUUGAUUUCUGGCCGAGCAUGUUUGGAAUGAGGACGAGGAUUGCUCUAGAAGAGAAAAAUGUCAUAUUUGAUUACAGAGAACAAGAUCUAUGGAACAAAAACCCGAUUCUCCUCGAGAUGAAUCCGGUUCAUAAGAAAAUACCGGUUCUCAUCCACAAUGGUAAACCGGUCUGUGAAUCUCUCAUCCAGAUGGAAUACAUCGACGAAGUUUGGCCUAGCAAAACCCCACUUCUUCCUUCUGACCCUUACCAAAGAGCUCAUGCCAAAUUUUGGGGAGAUUUCAUCGACAAGAAGGUGUAUGCUUCAGCGAGGUUGAUUUGGGGAGCGAAAGGCGAAGAGCAUGAGGCGGGGAAGAAGGAGUUCAUCGAGAUACUCAAGACACUAGAGUCUGAGCUUGGAGACAAAACUUACUUUGGAGGUGAAACAUUCGGUUAUGUUGAUAUUGCUCUCAUUGGAUUUUACAGCUGGUUUGAAGCAUAUGAGAAGUUUGGGAAUUUCAGCAUUGAAGCGGAGUGUCUAAAACUGAUUGCUUGGGCUAAAAGAUGUGUGAAGAGAGAGAGAGAGUGUUUCUAAGUCGCUUCCUGAUU